UUGGCUACGCCCCCUUCGUAUUCGAGAGGAAAAACAAUUUUUCAUGAAUUCAAGAAGGCAUUAUUAUUUGGUAAAUUAGAGGGCAAAACGCCGGUGUGAUGGUGACUCCGAUUUUGAGACUACUUAAUUUUGUACCCAAAACAAUAAGAUGUGUUCCAGGUCUGAGUGGAAACUUCCUGCUCGCACAAAGCCCCGCACUUCGAAUCGCUGCUUUGCCAGGUCAACCAUGCCGAAUGACAAGUUUUUUCAACAAAAUACCUGCGGAGAACAUCUGGAAAGGGGUGACAAGUGUGAGUAACGCAGGAAAGAAGAGAGGCCGAGGCAAAGGCACCGGCAGGAAAACGGCGAAAAAUCUCAACCGAGGCCAGGUCAUUGGAGUUGGAAAGUUGAAUAUCAUGUGGCCUGGUUUGUCUGCGCCGAUCCUUCAGGGCAAGGACUUGGUGCGGCAGCAGCAGUUGCCCGAGGACACCGAACGAAUGGCCAAACUUGUCAAGAUGAGAGACGAGAUGAGCACCUUCAGAUACCUUCGACUUCUGCCAAUUGAAAGAGGCUGGAGCGGUACCAAACUGCCAGGAAGGUCCAUCGGUCCGCCUGAUCCUGUUGGCGACGAUGCCUUCGAGGGUUUCGAUACAAAGGUUUUAGAGUUCAAAUCGGUUUUCCACAUGAAGGGCAACUUUGGCCGCAGAAGAAGAAUGAGCUGCAUGGCCAUCACUGGAAAUGGGAAAGGUCUUGCCGGCUUCGGACUGGCAAAGUCUGUUGAUGGCCGCUCGGCAGUGAAGCGGGCAAGAAACAGGGCUGGCCAGAAACUAAUGUACAUUGAGCUGUACAACAAUCACACUGUGAUGCACGAUUUCUUCACCCAAUUCGGCCGCACCAAGAUUUUCGUCACUCAAAAACCCGAAGGUUUCGGCUUGGUUUGCCACAGAGCCAUAAAAACAAUGUGUGAGGUCAUCGGCAUCAAGGAUUUGUACGCCAAAGUCGAAGGGUCCACAAAUCUGCAGCACAUUGUCAAAGCCUUCUUCAUCGGUCUUCUAAAACAGAAAACUCACAAGCAAAUGGCCGAGGAGAAGGGGCUGCACCUGGUCGAAUUUAAAAAGGAACAAGGCUAUUUUCCGAAGGUCAUCGCCUCGCCUACCAAAUGCAGGUCAAAGGCCGAACUGAAACCUGACGAGCUGCUCGAUUACUCUCAGUACGUGAUGGACGGGCGGGUUGUGCUGAAGAAGAAGAAAUACCCCAAGUUCUAUGUCAACACACCUGGCUGGCAAAUUCAUUUGAAGAAGUACUUGUGGCGCCGAAAUCACGAUGACGUGCGACUGAGGAUGGUCACAGAGCAAGGGGAAAUCCGGAGCUUCUUGACGGAUAAAUAUCCCGAGGCCAAGCCACAGGUCUGGGUCAAAAAGAGACAAGAGGAGCAGCCAGAGGAGUGAAUUGUUUGAUGCGUUAGACCAAUAAAAUCAAAGUGAAUUCGUAACAAAAAUCAAAAUGAAA